AUGAUGGAAGAUCUAGAAGGUACAGAGCAACGAUCGUUUAGAGAACUCACAGGACUAGAAACGUUGAUGUACGAAGCUUGGCAGCGUGGUGACAUCGAAACGCAAUUUGACAUCAUCUCAUCUCGCUCAUCUUCGAAUUCCGCCUCUCAGUUGACGGUCAAAACGGCCUACGGAGUGAUUUCCGUCGCAGCGAAACGAAAUCAUGCAGACAUAAUAAGGUUUCUAGCCAAACGCGUCGCUCAAGUCACAACUGUGGAUUAUCUAGAGUCUGUUGUCUACCCGUCAGCACUCGAUGAAGCAUGCAGGAGAGGACACCUGCAGAGUAUCGAGACCCUUGUUGAGUUGGGGGCUCGUCCAGCUAACGAAAUGCUGCAUACGGCAUUGUGCAACGGAUAUCUAGAUGUGGCCAGGUUCCUUGACAGUAAAGGCGUCAGAGUUGAUGACACUCAAGCAGAGGCCACACUUGGUGCUGUCUGCAGCAAAGGCAAUCUCGAUGCUGUCCGUUAUAUUGUUCAUGAUCUUUGCGUCGAACCCACUAUGUUAAAUUUUCUUGCUGCUUGUGUGAGCCAACAGUCCAAGGUCGUGUUGUACCUUAUGAUUAAAGGGUGUGGAGCGACUGCCGAGGUACUAGGGAAAAACGAUGUGGUUGUGGAAGCUGUAGGUGAAGCUCUAGUAGAGAGAGUGAAAGUCGUGGACGAAACGGCGAUCGCUGUGUGGAGGAAACUGAAUCUGCUGUGGGUAAAUUUCAAUUGGUUCUUUCAUUCAUCUGUUGGUGCUCAGUAUGUCGAGAUCGAUCUUUCAAACAACAAGUUGCAUGAAAUUCCGGUUGAAUUGUUAAGAGGAGAUCUGCCGUUUCUGAUGACUCUGAGACUUAAUCACAACAAGUUCAAGCAUCUGCCGCCAUUGUUGCAUGAGGCUGCUACUGAAACAAAUGAUAGAGACAGUGAUAAUGUAUUCGUAGAAUCUUCAUGUAACAGCCUCAACAGCUUUGGGACUGGAGUCAGUUUGUCAAGGAAUCGGUUGACUGAUUUGGAUAUUUCAUACAAUGACUUACGGAACGUUCCUCGGUACCUCUUUGAAUUGCCCAGUCUGGUCAUACUGAAUCUGUCACACAAUUGGCUCACUACCCUCAAUCAAACAGAAUCCACUAUUCAAGAAUCAUCUCUGUUUUCAAGCUCAAGCAACAGUGCAAGUGGUGACAAUCGAGAAGUGACAUCAAUAAGUGAAAGCAGUGUCCCCAUGCAACAGUUUGCAAACGAAACAUGUCCAAGAGUAAUCUCACCGUGUUUUGAGAGCCAAGGAAGCACUGCUUCAUCAGGCUUGGGUGCAUCAGUGAGCCAGUUUGCAGUAGAGUGGCAAUGUAUUCGCCUGGAAAAGCUGGAUGUGUCACAUAAUGCUCUCACUAGCUUGCCGGAUGAUGUUGCCCAACUUCGACAUCUACGCAAGUUACGAGUUCAUCACAACCACUUGAAGCGUUUGCCUAGUGUGUGGCACAGAAACUGCUGUUCGUAUUUGGAGGAGUUGGAUGCCAAGUGCAAUUUUCUCGAAUCUACUGCUUCAUUGCUGUCUGACAUUGACCCAUCAUGGAAGACUAGCUUGAAGUACAUUGACCUGUCAAACAACAGACUGACGGAGUUUCCUUGUGAGGUAUGCCAACUAGAGGCUCUGCGUUGCUGUCUCAUCUAUGGGAAUUGGCUAACUGAAAUACCAAAAUCACUCAAGUGGAUGACCAAGUGUCUUGAAAGGCUUGACCUUUCACACAACUUGCUGGGAACAGUUCCUUUUCUUAAUACAGAUGAAUCAAUGGCAGUGACUUCUGAUACUGUUGCUGAAAGAAGCGGUCGACCCAGGAGUCAGCAUGUAUACGCUUCAGACGUUGAAGCCUAUGUCUUGUCACCACGUCAUUCACAAAGAAGGAGAUCCAAUUCUGAAUCAAGUGCACUGUCGCUGGGACAGAGUCAAAUCUCAGAAAGCUCUGUGAGCACUCACGUUACUGCCACUCUUCCUCGUCACAUAAAAUUUCAUGAGCUGCAAGUAGCUAUUGAAAAACGUUCUCCGAAAUCUGACAGGAAGCUGAAGGAUAGCUCUCCUUUCUUUAAAGCUGAAAAUGACCCAUUGGUUACUGCAUUGGAUGAAUAUUUCCAUCUUCCUGAAGACCUCUGUCAACUCAAGCACGUUGAUAUUAGUUUCAAUCAAUUUGAAGACAUUCCUCUCUGUCUCUGCAACAUCUCCUCGUUGGCACAACUGAUAAUAGUCGGAAACGUGGGUAUUCAUCGACUACCUUUGGAAUUGUCGAGGUGUUCUUUGUUAUGGCAGCUCGACGUUCGUGGCCUAGACAUUUCUUUUCCACAACAACUUCAAACUAGAGUUUCAAAGAACACCUACCUACCAGUAAAGCAGACUCUGGCUUACAUGAGUAAAUUACUGAGAUUUGAGGGGCCUGAUUACUUCAUCAAGUUGGUUAUUGUGGGAGACAAGAUGUCAGGGAAAAGUAGUCUUUGUAAAGCACUUUGCAACCAUCACAGUCUAGCAAAUCAAGGAGCGUACAAUCCGUCUCCGCCUGGUGUGACUUUCAAGGAGAUUACAGUGUAUCCCAAAGGAGCCAUUCGCCCAACUAGCAGCACAGCUAACAUGGGAUUAGACUGCUGUGUUUGGGAAGUCACAGAUCCCCGAGUGUACAACUGUCUUGCCAGAACGUUUUUUACCAAACGCACCAUCCAUCUACUUGUAUGGGACACUACACAAGGAAACCAGGGAGUGCUGUCCGUCAGAGAAUGGCUUCAACGGAUACCUAGAGGCGACGAUGCUUGUCCUGUUCUGGUGGUUGGCACACAUGAUGAACACGGGCAGCAAAACGCCAAUACAAUUACAGAUGAUCUCCAGACAGGCCAGUACCGGACUGUUAAUGAGACCGUCUUCGUUUCGUCGAGGAACUCUUGGAGAAGCAUUGAAAGCUUGCGAUGUCUGAUCUACACUCAUGGCCGAGCCUAUUGCCAGUCAUUGUCCAAGGUGCCAAAGUCCUACUCAGAUAUGAGACGCCAGUUCCGAGAUCGAUGCGUGAAGAAGGUGGGCCGUGAUGGCCAUCUACCACUGUUCACGAGCCGGCAGAAUAUCAGUAGUAUCAUUUCCGGAAUAGAGUCUCAUCUAAAAUGGGACAGAGAAUUUGCACCCGCCACUCGCUAUCUGCAAGAGGUCGGUCAGCUUGUCUACUUUGAUGAUCCCUUUGAAAAAUUGGAAUUACGAUCGAGACUGGAGCCAUAG